UUUGACCAAUGGAGUAAGGUGGUGUGCUUGACGCGUUUGUUUGGCUUCGUUGUGUUCUGACUGGCAGUACAUGGCUGGAAGGCGCGAUUGUCGUGUGUUUGUGGGCAAUUUACCAAGCGACGUGAAACAGCGAGAUCUAGAAGAUAUCUUCUACAAGUACGGACGCAUCAAUUUCAUCGAUAUAAAAUUUACAAGAGACGUACCAUUCGCAUUUGUCGAAUUCGAUGAUCCUAGAGAUGCUCGAGAUGCUGUUCAUGGUCGAGAUGGAUACGACUUUGAUGGAUGUCGGAUCCGAGUUGAAUUAACUCGGGGUGUCGGUCCACGUGGCCCAGGUGGUCGUCCGUUGUAUGGACCGGAUCCGAGAUCGCCACGACAUGGUCCGCCCCCUCGACGAAGUGGCUAUCGUGUUGUUAUCUCAGGCCUCCCCGACACUGGGUCAUGGCAAGACCUUAAAGAUCAUAUGCGUGAUGCUGGUGAAAUAUGUUAUGCAGAUGUUUUUCGAGAUGGCACUGGUGUUGUCGAAUACACAAAUUACGAGGAUAUGAAAUAUGCCCUUCGAAAGCUGGACGAUACAAAAUUCAAAUCACACGAGGGAGAAGUGACGUAUAUUAGAGUGAGAGAGGCUAAUAUUAAUAGUCCGAAUCGUUCACGUUCUCGCUCAUACACACCGCGCAAAACACGCUCGUCACCUAAAUACAGUCCUAUUCGUUCUGUAUCAAGAAGCCGUUCACGUUCUUCGCGCUCUCGUUCCCACAGUCAUGCAUCUUUUGUUCGACGUUCUGUAUCUCCAGUAAAUUCAUCACAUUCUCGGUCUCCUUCCAGAACAAGAUCAAAAACUUGUCCUCGUUCUCGCUCUGAAUCGCGUUACUGA